UUAUUUAACACGCAUUCUCCCGCUGGGCACUGCCACGACUAAAGUGACCAAAAUAAAACCAUUUUAACACAUUUAUUCAACACUUUGCUAACAAACUCGGAAAUAUAUAUUGCAGAUUAAACUCGUACUUUGUACGAACCCCUCUGGACAAGCAAAUUCAUACCCACAAUCAGAAUCAAGAUGGAUAAGCCUGGGAUGAAUCGAGAUCGCCCCAAAUGCUCAAAAACGGUCGAAUCUGAUACGAAUUGUGCGCAGCGCUCCGUCACGCAUGAUCCCGACACGAAGGUGGAACCUGAGAUUUGCAGCAAUAGCCCGCCUACAUCAUGCGAUCACAUGAAGACAUUCCACGCCAACGGGGAGCAACCACGUUGCGAAAUUUCCCCGGCGUGUUUCUCCACUACAAAUUUAGCUAAGGAUAUUAAAGCCGACCACAACACGAAGGAUCUACCCCGUUUCCCAUGCACGUUUCCCGGUUGUGAGAAAACCUACAAAAACAAGAGACACAUUUCACAGCACGUGAAAACUGACCAUGCCGAGAAUCCGGUCCGAUUUCCUUGCACCCUUUGCGAGAAAGAAUUCAAAACGAUGUCACAUCUUGGGCGACACAGUUCCACCCAUACGAACGAGAAGCCUUAUAAGUGUACCACUUGUGGGAGGGGUUUCGCCCAAAAAUCUGACCUGAUGCAUCAUGAGAUGACACACCUUGAAAAAUCGGCACGAGCGAGUUUCAAGUGUCAAUUUUGUCCUACGACUUCCUUUCGGAGAUCGUACUUACAAAGCCACAUCCGGUUGAUCCAUGAAAAUCAAAGGAAUUAUCCGUGCUCAUUAUGCGAAAAAAAGUUGGCGAGUGUUCAAGAUUUUAAGCGUCACGUGGCGGCGAGACACUCCGAAAACAAAGGAGCUUCAACUGCUCCGCGUGUACAAAAACCACUCGAAAAAUAAUUUAACACAAAAUGUGAGAAGUCGACAUCCUUUCGAUUGUUACUUCUGAGGUUUUUCGCGAAUUUGAUUCUUUAGUCUGUCACUAUGGGCGAUGACCCGCCAUAGAAAAAUCACAUUUAAUUUUUCACAUGUUGAUAUCGUUUUAUUUGUAAUUAAGAUAUUUUUAAGUGCAGUUUAUUUUCCCUAAAAUGUAUUCCUAUAUUAGUUCUGAUUUUGAUAAUCCCUGCAGAAUGUGUUACUCGUUAGAGGCAAAACUAAUUUGCAUAGCCCACAACAUAUUAUCAGAUACCUGAAUAUACACGUGUUUAUUUUGAACUUUUUCAUUUGAUGACAACCCACGGUCCAACUUUGUGCGUGCGUUCUCUAACUCUUAUAAGUAGUUGACGAAAUUUCCAAACAUUUGUAAUUAUUUUUCAUUACAUAUUUCUAGGUUAUCUGACAUUUAUUAAUUUUUGCUACUUGGUGCGUACAAACAUAAAGCUGUUAGGUAUUUUAUAACUGCAUGUAGAUAUAUCGUAAAUAUUCUGGCGUUUUUGUCGUAAAUAUUAAACGCAUAUUUCAGCGAUUUUUCCUAAAUACAUACAUGUAUGUAUAGCCGUUCUAAUACUAUGUAACCAGUAAUAAAAUUGGUCGGCUUAAAGUGUGCCAAGCAAACAAGCCCAUUCACUUAAAUUAUUCCUUAAUUAUACAAUUUUUAUUCUAAUACGAUAAUAAAUAUUUUAGUUUUAUUUAAUUUCA